AGAAGAAAAGUCCAAAAAGAACAGUGGAAUCAUUUCGUGUCCAACUCUUUUGCUUUCGACAGUAACGAAUUUUGUUAGUUCUUCUUCAAUUCCGCAUAAAGAAAACAGAUCCUUCUCUCUCUGUAAAUUCUCCAUUUCUCUUCCUAAUUCUUACCAAUCUAUAUUUCAUUUAUUCUUCAUGGCAUCCAGUGGUCACAACAAUCUCAAUGCAAAACUCGUAUUGUUAGGAGACAUGGGAGCUGGUAAAUCAAGCUUGGUUAUACGAUUCGUCAAAGGCCAAUUCCUUGAAUUCCAAGAAUCGACGAUCGGUGCGGCUUUCUUUUCGUCUACGUUGGCAGUUAAUAAUGCUACGGUGAAGUUUGAGAUAUGGGAUACUGCUGGACAGGAGAGGUACCAUAGCUUAGCACCUAUGUACUAUAGAGGAGCCGCUGCUGCUAUUAUCGUCUAUGAUAUCACUAGCUCGGAUUCAUUUGCAAGGGCAAAGAAAUGGGUGCAAGAAUUGCAGAAGCAAGGUAAUCCUAACAUGGUCAUGGCUCUUGCUGGCAACAAGGCAGAUCUAGAAGAUAGAAGGAAGGUUACUGCAGAAGAGGCACGCUUGUAUGCGGAGGAAAAUGGCCUCUUUUUCAUGGAGACCUCUGCCAAAACUGCUGUGAAUGUCAAUGAUAUUUUCUAUGAAAUAGGUAUCUUGCAUUGCUUUUCUCGUUUUCCUUUUGUUGCUCUUUUUGUUUUUAAUUUAUUUCUGAUGGUAUACCGAGAGCAGGCAAUAUAAUUAUGCAUCCAAGUUUUUGAAUCUUAAUGGUACAAGUCAAAUGUAGUUUUACCUUCACUAGUUGUCAUCUUGUGCUUAUCCUUAUAUCUGUUUUUUUCCUACGAAUUUCGCAUUUUGUUAAAUUAUUUUGGCAUUACCGCAUUAACAACAUUUAAUCAUUAUUAAAUCUAAAAGUCAUAAGAUAGACUUAUUAUUGAACCUGCACUCAAGGGGUUGAAGUGCUGCCUAAGUGACUCGAGCCAGAGCACUCAGAUCUCGCUACAUCUAGCUUUAAUGCUUAAGCACACUUAUUCGCUUGAGCCUCAGUUUACCCGUACCAUAGUGUUUAAGGCAUCCUCUAGUGCCUCGGUGCUUAGUUUUUCACUUUCUAAGAUUCAACUCGUGUGAAAGUAUUGUGCUUCCCUUCAUGUUGUUUGGUGAGAGGAGAGGAAAAUAAUUCACAUUUACCUUCUCUUUUCCAUUACUUUUCAAUCGUAAAAGCUUGAAAAGGCUCAUGGGGUGCUCUCUCUCAUUUGUUAAGCCAUAACUUUUCUCGUUUAACCAUUUUCGCAACAUACAUUUUUAUGAGAUCUUACAGAAUUCUGUUGUGGGAAUUUACCUGUGUUGAUGUUAAAAAAGAACUAUAGUUUAUGAUAUUUGUACCAAUCUUACAUCAAGGGGUGAUUGUUAUCCUAGAUAAUUUGGUGUUUGAUUAUGGUGAAUUCCUGAAAUUAGCAAACUAUGUUAUAUUGAAUAGGGGAAAACAACUAAAGUCUUUUAGAAGUGUAAUUCAUUUUUCUACAUACCUAAACUCUUACCCAUACUACAAUUAUUUCUACAUACCUAAACUCUCCCCAAGUCCUCAUCGCAAUGAUGUAUGCUCACUUCAAUUCAUGCCGCCAAGCACAAGAGAUGAUGCAGGAAAUAGUUCUUUUGGUAAAACAUGUUUUUUUUGAUAAGGUAAAUUGUAUUAAUCAAAAGGGAGAGAACUCCCGUAUACACGAAGUAUACCAAAAAGUAGA